AUGGCCAAAACAAGAAGAGAAAAAAAGAGGAAAUCAGCCAUGAAUGAAGUGGUUACUAGAGAAUACACAAUAAAUAUUCAUAAGAGGCUUCACGGAGUCGGAUUUAAAAAAAGGUCUCCUCGAGCAAUUAAAGAAAUUCGUAAAUUUGCCAUUCAGCAAAUGGGUACUCCUGAUGUAAGAAUCGACACACGUUUAAAUAAACAUGUUUGGUCUAAGGGAAUCAGACAUGUACCGUUUAGAAUUAGAGUAAGAUUAUCCAGGCGUAGAAAUGAUGAUGAAGAUUCACCUCAUAAGCUGUAUACAUUGGUAACUUUUGUUCCUGUCGCAUCAUUUAAGAAACUUUUGACAGAAAAUGUCGAUGCUAGCCAAGAAUAA